CCGCACUCUGCCUUGACCUCCCUACGCAGACGGAGCUAGUUCGUGUAACACGCACAAAACUCAACAUGGACGUCUACAGAGCACCUAACCAUAAUCAAAUGGAGUACAACUUCGACAACAUGGAGCCCAAACCUGGGAAAGGGCUACCUUGCCAAGACGAUCGUUUUGACAGCGGCCUGGAUUCCCUUAAAGAGGACGAGUUGGCCAACGACAUUGAAUACCUGUCUGUGGACUGUGUCGACGACUCUCCAAAGGAUAACGAGCCAUGGAGAUCUGCAGUGACAGAAGACGGUGAUACGUUUCUCCACUUGGCCAUCAUUCAUGAAGCCACUGAACAUGCCAACCAGAUGAUCAAGCUCUCUCACAAUCACCCCUUCCUCAAUGUGCAGAACCACCAGAGACAGACUGUGCUGCACCUAGCAGUGAUCACAGAGCAGCCCCAGUUGGUGGAGAAACUCCUGAAGGCCGGCUGUGACCCGCGGCUGGCUGACAACAGCGGCAACACAGCCCUACACAUCGCCUGCAAGAAGGGCUCGCUCGCCUGCUUCAGUGUCAUCACUCAGAACUGCCAGCGUCACCUCAGCUCCAUCCUCUCCUUCCCCAACUACAGUGGACAUAAUUGCCUUCAUUUGGCGUCCAUCAACGGCUAUCUUUCAUUGGUGGAGAGCCUCAUCCAGCUUGGUGCAGACAUCAAUGCACAGGAGCAGUGCAGUGGUCGGACAGCACUCCAUCUGGCUGUAGAUCUCCAGAACCCAGCACUGGUCUGCCGUCUCAUUGAGCUCGGCGCUGACGUCAACAGCCUCACGUAUGGCGGCUACGCACCUUACCACCUCACCUACGGACGCCAUAACGAAGAGAUCCGCUGCCAGCUGUACGAAAAGACGGCUCAGGAGUUGAGAGAUCUGCCUGAGAGCGAAUCAGAUGACAGUGAUAUGGAGGAACUCGACCUUUCUGAUGAUGAGAUGUACGAUGACAUCAAGUUUGGCAAGUAAGA